ACAUAUCCGUCUAUCUCGGAUGGAUAAAUACCUAUCGUUUUCAGCAGGGUUCGCACCUUUUCAGGCCCUCGAUGAAAGAGCCGAUGCAUUUCCAAUUUCGAGCCCAACUGCUGCGUCCGAGUUGCGCCACAAAUUUGCCAGAGAAGCCUAGUACGUGUCGCUCCACCUGGAGGAGACUGUCCUCAGCCACCUCCCGAAUCCACUCAAGCCGUCUCAUGAUGCGAUCUCCACUCGUCGUCGAGAGCUUUACGCCCUCCGCCACUGCAACCGCCGCCUCUACCGAUGCAUUGGCUCGCUACACCCGCUGUAAAAAACUUCGCAACACUCUGUACGGCGAGACCGCCCUGUAUCGCGAUGAAGAACUUAAGAAGCUUGUGGCGAUCAAGCGUCUGAGCAUCUCAUUACUACAGCAAGAGGACAAAAGCUCCGUCGACACCGUCAAGGAGAAUCCUCUCAGUGAACGUGCCGUGAUCCAGUUACUCGAAGACCCACUCACUGCCCGCGCCCCAGGUCGUGAACAUGUCGUGGAAUACGAACGCGAGGGUUUCUUCACUGUUGGAGACAGUGUCUUCAUCGCCAUGGACUUCUGUGCCGGUGGAGACCUCUAUGACUACGUUACCGCUAAGCCCGGCCGACGUGUCCCUGAGGCCGAGGCGUUGUCGCUGUUCGCCCAGAUCGCAAAAGGAUUGAGCUUCCUGCACGCUAUUGGAGUUGCCCACCGUGAUAUUUCACUUGAGAACGUGCUGUUGAAGGACGGACUCGUGAAAAUUUGCGACUUUGGCCUCAGCUCCAAUGCCAACCAGUUUUCCGCCGAUUUCGUAGGCAAAUUCUAUUACAUGGCCCCAGAAGUCACGCAGGGGGCUGUGUACGACCCCAAGGGCGCCGAUGUCUGGUCACUUGGCGUGCUACUCUUCAUCAUGCUGACUGGCUCGCCGCUGUUUGUCGAUGAAAACGCCCGUGCCCCAACUUUUCGCGUGCUGAACAAGUACGGCGUGGGCAAGAUUCUGGAGCUUUGGGGACUCAAGGAGCAAUUCUCCAAGCCUACGGUGAGCCUGUUGACGAGUUUGCUGCAAGUGCAGCCGUCACGCCGUCUCAGUGCGAAGGAAGUGGCGCAUCACCCAUUGUUGCGUGGCUAUAACUCCUGCAAGGUGUCGCCAACUCUGGCUCCUCCUGCCUAA